CACAAGGUCUGAUUAACAUGUCUACAUAAUGCACCUUUAACAAACAAUUAAAUGAAGCAACUGUUAAUAAAUCUUUACAGUUGCUUUAUAAACAGUUUAUAAAAGCAUUUCAUUGUCUGUUUACAGUGAAAAUAAACUAGUAAUUUUAAGCUAAAUGAACAAUUAUUCUGUCGUUUAUUGGUGACGGUGUUUGUGUUUCCAAACUAUGAGCAUAUUUGCCACAAAAAUUAAUAAGUAAAUAAAUAUCUGCCUUUAUUUUGUAAUGUGCGAUAAACUAUUUCCAUUCAUAUUUUUAAACUAGCUUUUCUUUUGUAUCCUUACGUGUAAAAAGUAAAGCAAAUAUUGAAACAACAGUAAAGUUUAACGUAAAUAACAGCACUAUACUUUCCUUUUUAACGCCAACAUGGGCUGAAUGAAUGAAAACAAGUGGCUUCAUACAUCACUGGUGACAGAUCUUCCACUGAGGGAGGAAAACUGUACAAGUGUUUCACCAGAAUCCUCUCGACCUGAGGAGAAGCGUCUUCUCGCUCCGAGGGAUCCCGGCUUUGUUGCUCUCAGGAGGAAACUCUCACCAUAUAUGGUCAAUGACGUCACCCGCACGUGGUUGGCUUCGUGAGAGAUUCCAGACAACAGUAUUUCCCGUAACUGCGGAGGGGCGUGGUGAACCUAUGGUGCCGCUUUAAGAGUUUACAACCUCACUAUCAUUCCCAGACUCGCUCUCCUGGAUGUGUGACUAAGGACGGGAGGAAGUGCUGGAAGUCGUUUUAGGAAGUUUUUGGGCGGUUUGAAAAAAAACCGAGGCGACACUCGCUUCCUCGUUCACCCCUCGAAAACACGCCGGGUUGGACUCUACCGUUUACCGCAAUAAGGUGGGCUUACCCCAAGUUUGAAUUCACACACGAGACUCAAUCUGAAAGUGAUUUUAGAGAGACCUGAGGACUUCGCAGGCGCAGCUGGGACCGAUUUAAAUUUCUUUUAAGGCAGAGGAAGGAUGUAUCGAAACUUCGGGAGUCAAGGACGAGGCAACCCGCCGUACACAGGCAGCGGCUCCGGGUCUCUGGGAGGCUCCAGCACCUCCACCACACAACAGGAGCAGAAAUUCACAAUGGCAGGCAGCAGUCAGUUCGUACCGAGCCUCAAUGCCAUCACGACCAACCAGGACCUCCAGUGGCUGGUCCAGCCCUCCCUCAUGCAUCCACCGGGGCCUUCACGGUCUCCGGUGCCCCCGUACCCGACCCUCUCAGGGGCUCGGCUGCUGGGUCCACAGCCCUCCAGCUCCCACCUCCUCAGACCAGGGGUCAUCAGGGCGGCAGCAAACAGUCCCGGUCCGUCAAGGCGCCGCAACGACGAACAUUUAUCCCAAGAAGAGAUAGAGAGGCGCAGAAUAAGGAGGGAGAGGAACAAACUGGCUGCAGCCAAAUGUCGCAAUCGCCGCCGGGAGCUGACAGACACACUGCAACAUGAGACUGACCAGCUGGAGGACGAAAAGUCCCGUCUGCAGAAGGAAAUCGCUGAAUUACAGAAGGAGAGAGACAAGCUGGAGCUGGUCCUGGAGGCCCACCGUCCCAUCUGUAAAAUAGAGGACUCUGAUUCUGAUUCAGACCCGCAUCCAUCAGUUUCCUCUCUGGGAGGCGUCAAACUGGAGCCGGAGGACUUGGCGGCACAUGGACCCUCAACCAAACUACCAACAAAGAUGGAGAAGCCCAAACCGAAGAUCACCAUCCCAAGCAAGUCUGUGACACCGUCCGUCUCUGCUGUUGCCUUCGACUCAGAGUCGCUCCACACCCCGGUGCUGACGUCCACGCCCUCUCCCACGCCCUUCAGAGCGGGCAUGAUGUUCACCUACCCCUCAGCUCCGGUGGACGCCAGCGCCUCCAGCUCAUCCCAUGCUGCUCCAUCGCACCAGGGAAGCCAGCAGCAGUCUCACGCCCCUCAGCCGUGCGGGGUCGCUCACCGCCGCAGCAGCAGCAGCGGCGACCAAUCGGAUCACUCCCUGCACUCCCCGACCAUCCUCACUCUGUGAUUGGCGCCUCUUGUCCUCCCGGGGCAAAACACUAAUGUUCAUUUUUUUUGUCAUUUUGUGUGUGUGUGUGUGUGUGUGUGUGUGUGUGUGUGUGUGUGUGUGUGUGUGUGUGUGUGUGAGUGAAAAAAAUGGAUCUCUGGAGGAAAAUGAAAAUUGUGAUAACACCCAUUCCAAAAUGAGCUUUGUGCAUCUGCUUCAUUUCAUGUGUUCGGAGAGUUGAUUCAGUGCUCAGAGAUGCGAGCUGGUGGCAUUAUCAGGAUAUGAAUGUUACACUCUUUAUAGUUGUGAUAUCAAUAUAAAGCCUUUAUAUUUCUCAUUGGGAAAGCUACGAGGUAGAGCGAGUAUUUGCAUGCUGAAGAUAUUAUAUAAAGAAUUAUAAGAGCUUUAGAAAUAACUGAGAACAAUAAUAAUAUAUUUUUCCUUAUAAUUCCUAAUGUUGCAUUUUAUGACUUUGUUACAUCAUGUUGUGUAACACUUUAUAAACGUCCUCUUUAAAGGAAAAGUACUUAUAAAUAAAUGGUCCUUAUUUUUGUAAGAAUCUCUAAAGAAUCAUAAUAUUGUCUAUGCAAAUUAUUGACCACUAAGGCUGGGCCGUAGGAGUUAAUACAGAUUAUAUAAUCAUGUAUUUAUUUUCAGAGUGUAAUUUAUUUUUGGUAAUGUUUUCCUCAGACGAAUGAAUUGCUUUGGUGGGCAGUGCCUUACUGUUAACUUUUGUCAAAGCUACUUCACAGACAAUAAAGAAUAACAGACCAGAA